AUGGAGCAUGAGGUUGGCAAGUCUGUGGACAAUCAAAUGGACAAAUACAUAGUUACAAUAAUGGGGAAAUCAGAGAGUCAAAUGGAUAUUGUGGAAAAAUCAACAAAAUCUGGGAAGAAAUCCUGGAGCUUUGUGGCGAUCGGUCUGACUGUCUUGCUGUUCCUCAUGACUUGUGCAGUGGUCGCCCUGGUGAUCCUGUAUGCCAGCAGCAGAGGCACUCACUACAGCACCAAUUCAGGCAACGUAUGUACCACACCCGGAUGUGUUACAGCAGCUGCUAGAAUAAUUCAGAAUAUGGACCCAACAGCUGACCCUUGCAAGGAUUUCUACCAGUACGCCUGUGGGGGCUGGCUGAACCGGCAUGUUAUCCCAGAAACCAGCUCCAGAUACAGCAUUUUUGACAUCCUGAGAGACGAGCUGGAGAUCAUCCUGAAAGGUGUGUUGGAGACUUCAGAUCAAGGGGACAGAGAAGCAUUUCAGAAAGCUAAAAUACUUUACAAGUCGUGCAUGAAUGAGAGUCUUAUAGAGCAACGAGAUUCAUUGCCUCUGCUAGAGGCCUUAAAGAUGGUUGGAGAUUGGCCAGUGGCUUCUGCAGACUGGAAUAAAACCAAAGAACCAGACUGGAGCAUGGAAGAAAAACUCUCCAUAAUGAACUCCAGAUUUAACAAACGUGUCCUCAUUGACAUGUUUGUAUGGAAUGACGACCGGGAUUCCAGCAGACACAUCAUAUAUAUUGACCAGCCAAGUUUAGGAAUGCCAUCCAGGGAUUAUUACUUUAAUGGGGGCAACUAUCAAAGGGUGAGAGAAGCUUACCUGCAGUUCAUGAUCACCAUUGCCAAAAUGAUCCGGGAAGACAAGAACACGUCUAAAGACGAUUCGUUUGUCGAAGAGGAAAUGGCAAAGGUUAUGGAGCUUGAAACAGAGAUUGCAAAUGCAACUACCCCAGCAGAAGAAAGGCAUGAUGUAACCUUGUUGUACAACAAAAUGACCUUAAAAGAGCUACAGGAAAAGUUUGCAUUGAACGAAUUUAACUGGACCUUCUUCAUCCAAGGUGUCAUGUCUUCCGUAAGCGUUCAGGUUGACCCUGAAGAGGAAGUUGUUGUAUAUGGCGUGCCCUAUCUGCAAGAGCUGAAAGCAAUUAUCUCAAAGUACUCAGCAAGCACCAUCCAGAACUACCUCAUCUGGCGAUUAGUAAUCGAUCGAGUCAGCAGCUUGAGUCGUCGUUUCAAGGAUGCUCGGGCCAGCUACAGGAAGGCACUUUAUGGGACAACACUGGAAGAAGCCCGCUGGAGGGAGUGUGUGAGUUACGUCAACAACAACAUGGAGAAUGCAGUGGGAGCAAUGUAUGUCAGGGAGACAUUUGCUGGUGAGAGCAAGAGGAUGGUCCGAGAUUUAAUAGAGAAGAUUCGUGAAGUGUUUAUAGAGACUUUAGAUGAGUUACAGUGGAUGGAUGAGGCAUCUAAAGAGAAAGCUCGUGAGAAGGCAAUGGCAAUUAAAGAACAAAUUGGCUAUCCAGAUUAUAUUUUGGAAGAUCAGAAUGAAAAACUAGAUCAGGAAUAUGCCAAUUUAAACUUCAGUGAACAGAAUUACUUUGAAAACAUUCUGGAAAACCUGAGAGCUGGAGCCCAAAAGAGCUUGAAAAAACUUCGAGAGAGAGUUGACCAAGAUGUAUGGAUAAUUGGAGCUGCAGUGGUCAAUGCAUUCUAUUCCCCAAACCGGAACCAGAUAGUUUUUCCUGCUGGGAUUCUACAGCCCCCCUUCUUCAGCAAACACCAGCCACAAGCCCUGAACUUUGGAGGGAUCGGGAUGGUUAUCGGGCAUGAAAUUACUCAUGGGUUUGAUGACAACGGGAGGAAUUUUGAUAAAGACGGAAAUAUGUUUGACUGGUGGAGCAAUUUCUCAGCCAUGCAUUUCAAGGAACAGUCUCGUUGCAUGGUUUAUCAGUACGGGAACUACACAUGGGAGCUCGCUGGAGGACAAAAUGUCAGUGGAAUAAGCACAUUAGGAGAAAAUAUUGCAGAUAAUGGAGGAGUCCGACAGGCUUAUAAGGCCUACUUAAAAUGGCUGGAACGGGAAGGGAAGGAGCCAAAGUUGCCUGGACUGAAUCUGUCCCACAAACAGCUCUUCUUCCUCAACUUUGCCCAGGUUUGGUGUGGUUCCUACAGACCAGAAUAUGCUAGCCAGUCAAUAAAGACAGAUGUUCACAGCCCUCUGAAAUACAGGGUGAUGGGAUCUUUGCAGAACUUUGAAGCGUUCUCAGAGGUGUUCCGCUGUAAAAAAGGCACAGCCAUGCAUCCUGCAGAGAAAUGCCGAGUGUGGUAA